UGGCUGAGCCUUGCCUGGUGGCAGCAGCGGAGGCAUUUUCCUUCUAACACUGCACACUUCGCCUGCCUGAGAGUCCACCAAGCCAUGGAUGCAGUGACUGUGUAUCAUGGCAAAAUCAGCCGGGAGACUGGGGAGAAGCUCCUGCUAGCCACGGGUCUGGAUGGAAGCUAUUUGCUGAGAGACAGUGAGAGCAUCCCAGGCGUGUACUGCCUCUGUGUUCUGUAUCAAGGUUACAUUUAUACAUACCGAGUGUCCCAGACAGAAACAGGUUCUUGGAGUGCUGAGACAGCACCUGGGGUACAUAAAAGAUGUUUCCGGAAAAUAAAAAAUCUCAUUUCAGCAUUUCAGAAGCCAGAUCAAGGUAUUGUAAUACCUCUGCAGUACCCUGUUGAGAAGACCACCUCAGCUAGAACACAAGGGAGAAGAGAAGAUCCUGAUGUCUUCCUGAAAGCACCAUGAAGAAAAAUAAAACAACUUGUAUCUUAUUUUCAAUAAUUUAAAUAUAUGCUAAGUCUUAUAUAUAUAUUGUAGAUAAUACAGUUCAGUGAGCUACAAAUGUAUCUCUAAAGCCAUCCUACUCCUGUCAUGGAAGCAUCCAGCAUGAUGUUGAAGCUGAAAUGGACUUUGUAGAUAAUGAGGAGCUUCGGAAUGAGGAUUGGGAAAAAUAAUUCUACAGGUUAUUUGUGGUUAUUAUAUUUACAA